AUGAUACCAUCAAGAUCGGUCUUUUAUCCCAUCCUUCUUGAUUUCAGGUUUGAGUUGCAUAACCCAUCGAUCAUGGCUGCUGAAGCGAGCGCCAGCGCGGCGGUGGAGGCCCCAAAGACGGUCGUGCUCAAGAGUUCCGACGGCGAGGAAUUCGAGGUGGAGUCGGUCGUGGCGAUCCAGUCGGAGAUGAUCAAGAACAUGAUCGAGGACGGGUGCGCUGAGAGCAGCGUGCCGCUCCCCAACGUCGUCGGCUCGGUGCUCGCGAAGGUGGUGGAGUACUGGAAUCGGCACGGCAGCCGAAAGUCUGAUGGGGCGGCGGAGGGAGAGGCGAAGGAGCUGACGGAGUGGGAGAAGGAGUUCGUGAAGGUGGAGAAGGAGGAGCUGUUCGAGCUGAUCAAUGCGGCCAACUUCCUCAGCACCAAGCCGCUGCUCGACCUCUGCUGCCAGGCCGUGGCCGACACCAUCAAAGACAUGGCCGUCGAGGACGUCCGGGACUACUUCGGCAUCGAGAGUGACUUCACUCCCGAAGAGGAGGCCAAGAUAAGGCACGACAUCAGUUGGGCCGAGAUGGGCCUGCCAAGAUUUCACACCAUCCACGGCAUCGCUGCCGCCCGAUAG